UUAUUAUAGUAAUAAUAAUAUGAAGAUAUAGUAGAAAUUAGAGGAUAUAUAAUAGAUACAAGAUAGUACAGUAAGUAAGUAAAGAGAUAGCAUGAGCCGGCAUCAGUCCAAUUCUAUUUCACGCUUAAAUCGGGUAUUACCUGUACCCAUUGAAUUGCAUAACGACGAGAGUGAAGAUGAUGAUAGUGGAGGCGCAGGUGAUGGUCAAGGUCAAGGUCAAGAUACUGGUACUAAAGCCAAACGAGUUAGUAAAUUAUCGCAUAUAACAAAUGUAUUGGUAGGAGAGCAUCAUUUAAUUGAAGGUGAGCAUGGAAAAUCGUACAUUACAUGGGCAAUAAAAAUUGUGUUGGAUGACUCAGAUUAUUCAUCUAUAGUCAUCUACAAAAGAUAUAGUGAGAUUGAGAAAUUUUAUCAGGAUCUUAUGCAUCACUAUGAGAAUACUAAGAGAGUACUAAUACCGGCAUUACCUCCUAAGGAUAACUUUCUGAUUGAACGAAUAAUGAUGUCAAACAAUUGGUUAGAAGAGAGACGUAAGGGGUUACAGUGGUUUAUGAGUAAUGUGUUAUUAAAUCCCAAAUUGCAGGACUGUGACGUGAUCAAGAAGUUUAUAUUGGGAUAGGUCAUGUAGAAUUAAUAAAUGUAUAUUAAAACAUAUAUAAAAACAGUAAUUAAAUAAUAACCAAA